AUGGCUCAAUUACCACCUAAAAUACCAAGCAUGGCACAAAAUUGGGCAUCCUUCCCUCACCAAAGGCUACCCACCACGGCCAAUUUCAUCCCCACCACCACUACUUCUGCUGCGGUCCAGCCACCGUCGCAACCGCAAUGUAACUGGAUCGACGAGUUCCUCGAUUUCUCCUCCGCCAGGCGUGGGGUCCACCGGAGGUCCGCGAGCGAUUCCAUAGCCUUCAUGGAGUCCCCGUUGACAUUGGACGAAGAAUGCAGGAACCCGAGCACCGCCAUGAUGCAUCAUGGAUCCACCAACAACCUCGGCUUCGACAGGCUGGACGACGAGCAGCUCAUGUCCAUGUUCUCCGACGACAUGUCCGUCACCGUCCCGCCUACCGUGUCGUCUUCGAACCCGUCCACGCCGUCCGACCAGAACAGCAAUAACGACGAGAAUAAUAACAACAACAGCAACAAGCCAUUGAUGGUUCAUCAGGAGCAGCAGCAGCAGCACCCGAAAAGCGAGCCGGGAGAGGACGAAAGCUCAUGCGAGGCAGACCCUCAUGCUCAAUCUCAUCCGCCACCAACCUCCCCAGCUGAUCCCAAGAGGGUCAAAAGAAUUUUGGCGAACCGGCAAUCGGCUCAACGGUCCAGGGUCAGAAAGUUGCAAUACAUUUCAGAGCUUGAACGCAGCGUUACGACAUUACAGUCGGAGGUAUCAGCACUGUCGCCAAGGGUUGCAUUUCUAGACCACCAGAGGUUGAUUCUGAAUGUGGAUAACAGUGCUUUGAAGCAAAGGAUUGCUGCUUUGGCUCAAGAUAAGCUUUUCAAAGACGCUCAUCAAGAGGCACUAAAGAAGGAAAUAGAGAGGUUAAGGCAGGUUUAUCACCACCAGAGCCUAAAGAAGAUGGGAAACCAAAACGCACAGCAGCAACAGCAGCAGCAGCAACCAAACCCAGAUAUCAUGGUGUGUACGGAUCACAAUGAGCAGCAAAUUCUGAAUUGA